UGUCAACAUCGUUCACUUUUGACCGACUCUAGUCUUCACAAAGAGAUGGCAUCGGCAUCCCGUGCUCCUAAAUUUUCGAGUAUUCGUCGUUCGAGGCCGUCGUACAGUUGUAAAAGCUGCCGGGAGAGAAGAGUCAAAUGCGAUCACACUCAUCCAAAAUGCGCCAAUUGCAACCGGAACGAUUUAGAAUGUAUCUACGAGGGGGCGGACCUAAAGCGCAAAGACCCUCCAAGAGAUGCAGCGGAGAGUGAAUCUCCCGUAAAGGUAAUGCGACAUAGGUCUCUGGUUGAAGAUCCUCAAUCCAACCAGGGAUACUUGAUAAUGCAGAAUGGUGGUCGCUCGCGGUAUGUUGAAAAUACUUUUUGGGCAUCAGUGGACAUGGAGGGCCUAGAGCUGGACUCUCUUCUUUUCGAUCUCCCGCUAUUCCCACUUGAAGAUGCCUGUUGUGCCGACCAAGACACGGGCAGUUGUGGCUCGCACACUUCAUGUCGGCAUUACACUGGCACAACCGAACCUAAUUUUUCCUUCUGGUCUUCUCGCCCGGCCGUUAUGAGAGCAAGUAACAAGGGCAUCAUGGACAUCCUGUCAGAAUUACCACCUCAGGACACUUGCGACCAGAUGUAUAAAAAUUUCGUGGAAACAGUGCACCCUCUUAUUCCGCUUCUGCAUCUGCCCACAUUCGAUAAACUGUAUCGCCGGUUUUGGGAUUGGCACAAGACUUGGGCCAUCAGUGAUUUUCCACAAGGGGUUUUGGCAGAAAACCCGAGUUUCCUGCCGAUGCUCCUCGCAGUACUGUUUACAGGUUCCCUUUCCCAUACAGGGUCGCCAAACAUUUACAUGCCUCUUGACGGUCAGAAAAAGUUGUUUGCGACGAUCCCAGUCGCCUUGGCUAUGGUUGGAUUUCCGCAUAGACCAUCUCUAUACUCAUUGAUGGCAUUCGUUCUCCUAAAUUCAAUGUUGAUUCGAGAAGAGGAAUCUCUAAGCUCGUGCUCUUUCGUUGCCGUCGCGUUUCGAGUGUGCCAGGCCAUGGGCAUUCACAAAGACGGCACGGACUUUGGUCUCGAUGAGAUACAAACCGAGGAGAGAAGAAGAGUAUGGUGCCAUCUGAUGCAUUUGGAUGUCAUGACGAGCAUUCUAUCUGGACUGCCUCUGAUUGCGUCGAGCGAGAUGUUCAGCGACACGCGCAUGAUCGGAGAGUUACGAGAUGAGUAUAUCGGCAAGGUGCAAUUGACGGAAGAUAUGGAUGGUAGUCCGAUUAUUGACCCGAACUAUAUUGUCACUGCUGGGCGCUAUGACUCCACUUCUUGCAUGCGAAACAUCCUCCUCUGGCAGUUCUCACAUAAGCCGGUAACCCUUGACAGUGUCAAAAAUAUGGAAGAGAGUAUCGAGUGGUUGCAGAUCCGAACAAAAACACGCGUCAAACGGCUCAGGCUGCAUCCUCUGGAAGAAUUAGGAAGUCCUUCGUCCCAUUCAUUCCAAUCAACACCUCGUGGUGAUAACACCGAAGAAUUAUCCCCCCAGGCGCUUUGGGGAAAAGAUUUGCUAUGCCUAAUGGUCGAGAAGGCUUACUGCCUUUUGUACCACCCAAUAAUGCAGCAUUCGACUUUGUGGAUAGAACUACGCACUAGGGCGAUCCCUCGAUUUCAAUCCUUCCUAUCAAUUUUUAUUAAGAUGUGUACCACGGACAGCUACCUCCCAUUCCAAUGGCUCUACCCAGGCGCUUACCAGCCUCUCCAAUGUGUUGCUGUUCUGUUAAUUGACCUGCUGAAGGCCCCUGUGUCUGAAGAAGCCGCAAAGUCUCGGAGUCUCCUCGAAAAUAUCUUCUCUCUUUUGGGCCCGGAAGGCCGAAUUAGUAGUGGAACACUAAACGUUAGUUCUUGGCCCAAUCAGAGGUAUGCUUCAGCCGGAGCUAAGCAGGCCUGGAUGAGACUCGAAAAGUUGAGAUCAAAGGUCUGGCAGAAGUUGGGACUAGACCAUAGUGUGCUUUGGGCGAGGACGAUCGGAAAGACUUCUCAACAGUCAUAUAGUACUGAUACAGCUCAAGCUGGGAGCUCUAUGGGUCAAACCACAGCACAACAGCCCUUACCUCCUAAUCAAAAUGAUUUUUUCUAUUCUAAUUUUCUCUUUUCUAGCGAGCAGCAGAAAAAUAGUAUUCCGUCGACCGAAUUUGGAGCUGCCAAUUUUGAUGGUUUAGACCAGCAGAAUUUAUUGCAAGACCAAACUGCCAUCGAUAGCCUGCCUGAACAAGACUUAGAAUCCUCGUGGCAAACUUCCACAUUCCAAGGUAGCUUAUCUGGUACUAUACCGCCAUUCGAUAAUAUAAAUUAUCUAGGCUAGUCAUUGCAUUCAGCAAGGACACGAAUAAAACACAGGUCAUACCUUCGCGAGAUAUUUGCAAAUUGGGGCUCAACCUAAAUUCAAAGCAUCUUCUGAGGCUGGGCUAUGGGAGGUAAAUUACAUCUAGGUUAGGAAUAGGUACUAUACUAUCCUGUCAGCCUCGCCCGUCUUACCCGUAGCCUUCGCACUCCUGCUCUCCUUAGGUUUCCUCUGCCAUAUGCUGUCCAGAUACCGUAUGUUAACACGUGUGUUGCUUUUUGCGACCCAGGACGCCUCAUUUCUAGUCGGAUCCUCGUGAGCCUUCGGCUCGGCAAGCCUUGCCCUACAUGACACUCAUCCUCGGCAUCUAACAGGCUCACCAUGUCUGACAAGUCAAUAGUUUCUUUUCCUUUACUUCCCUUAGUAUUUAACUUAUAAUAGGUCAAAGGAGCAGUUAUGUAGCCAACAUG